AUGGGCUAUGUGAGUAGGGGACUAAAUGGCGCUCCGUCUUCCCCUGUCAUUACUACUACUCCUGCCUCCAACAGUGCUAACCCGCUAGAGCCAAGAAAACCCCAAUCGGCUGGUAAAGUGUGUGCGCCAUUGCCACUCCUCCAACCUCAGUCUGCUCCUUCAACCCCACAGCAGCCCCAAACAAUGGUGUUCCAACAUGCUGAUCCAUUCCCCUUCAAGCCUCACGGGAUGCACAUUGAGGACAUCCCCAACAGGCCAAUGAUGGUCAGAGUUAUGGCAAGGAGUAGACAGAGGCCAAGAAACAAAGAUUUGGCAAUCGCAACGAUUUCUUCGCUGCCUGAGGGCUAUGAAGGUGAAUCCUGGACUAUGCAAUGUGAGAUCCUACAGCACAAGAAUCUAGGGGGUGGCCCAUUUGAUGAAGAGCCGGUGCCACCUCCUCCAGAAGACAUGGGGCCACCUCUAUAUGACUUCUUUGGCUUGGGGCAGCAUGUCCUAGCACCUAUUGCAGAGCAUGAGCAUCAGCUUUUGCACAAUUGGGGGCUUCUAGAAAAUGAUCAGAACAUACAAGGGGAGCAGGAAAACCAGGAGGAGGGGAACCAAUAG